CAAGGAGGAGUGCCCACUUGAGCGGACCCAAACCACUAGCCCCAUAUUUACUUCACUACAGUAUUUUUUUACCAUUUUCAUAUAUUGUUAUUCACCUCUACAAAGUCCGUGGAUAGUGAAAUUGGACCCUGGGCUGCUCAAUAGUAUGAGAAAAAAUUUCAGAGGCUUGAGCAGCGCCAGCCCCAAACCCCCAAACCCUAGUUCAUCUCCGUGGAAUCUUCGAUCCUUAAUUCCUUCCCCAGAUCGCCACGCCAACCAUUUGUGAUAUUUGUCCGUGUCCAACACUCCAACCUUUGCAGCCGCGGCUGCAGCGCAACCGUAGACGGCGGUCACUUAGGGGCGGUUCCGCGGUCGGGCAGCAACUCCGGCCGCCACGGUGAUUUCACCGCCGUUCGCCACUUCGCCGGAUUCCCUCCGCCAGCCCAGUCCGUCGGUUACCCUGAGCGAAUCAUCGUAAGCCCUGCUUCUUAGCUUGUCAAUUUUCAUCUCCAAUUCAAUUGACAAUGAGCCCUGCUUCUUAGCUUGUCAAUUGUCAUCUCCAAUUCAAUUGACAAUGAAAGGUUUAGAAUCUUAUUAUAAAAGAUUAAAACCUACACUUCUACAAGAUCAUGUAAUCGAACUUGAAGUUCAACCACAAUCUCCAAAUGAAAGUACUCAAGGAACACCACCGAUUGAAGAAGUUCAAACCCAACUCCCAACUCAAGAGAUACACGACUGAAUUCACACAUCAAUUCUUGAAGCAGAUCUUGGAAAAAGAUUUCCAGUGAAUUUGAUGAAUAGAAGCAAAGAUGUUGACAUUAUUUCUGACCAAGUAAAAGAAGAUAAUCGUAUCCAUUCGAAGACGUAUUUGAGCUGUGUCAGAUUUCUUUUAGGUAGUGUUUGGCAACUAGGAUUUCAUUUCAAUUCAUGUAUUUCAAUUCCAAAAUUUGAAAUCUAGAAUUUCAAAUGACAAGGGGAGGGGCAUGGAUUUAAAAUUAAGCUUUGUUAUGAAUGAGAAGAAUUUGAUUCAAAUUCAAAUUCAAAAUUUGUAAGUUUCCCAAACAUGGAAUUUGAGCCAAAUCCGGAUUUGAAAUCCAAAUCCACGUUCCCAAACAUACCACUAAGAAAUUGUCUUCCUUCUUCGAUGAAAGAGAUUCAAGUCAAGAAACUACUUUGAGAAGAUCGGGUGACACAUGUUGGGGUUCCCACUAUGGUUCAAUUGUGAGUGUAAUUUCAUUAUUCUCUCAUAUAGUUUCUUUGAUGAAUAUCAUUGAAGAUGAUCCCAAGAAUGAUGCAUUAAGAACAGAAGCAUCCACCAUUUUGUAUGUUAUUGAUGACUUUGAGUUUGCUUUCGUUUUGCAUUUGAUGGAGAAAGUCUUGGGGAUUACUUAUGAGUUGUCUCAGGCAUUGCAAAGAAAAGAACAGGAUCUUGCUAAUGUAAUUGCUUUAGUGAGAAUUGCAAAAAUUAGAUUGCAAACUUUGAAAAGUGUUGGUUUUGAGAAGUUACUUGAUGGGGUAAUAGAGUUCUGUAAGAAGCAUGAUAUUCAUAUUCCAAAUGUGAGAGAUUUCUAUCAUACGAAAAGAAGAUCUAGGCAAAAUGCAUCCACAUUCAAGUUUUCGGAGUAUUUCAAAAGUGAAAGUUUUGAUAAUGUCAAAGAUGAUGAAAUCAUGCAAUAUUUUCAAGCAAUGAAGCCUAGGAGAGUGCUUUUGUAAUGCUUGUGUAAUAUGACUUUUUGAGGAGUUGGUUGAUGAAGGUGCAAGAAAGAUAGGAAUGGUAGGGUUGCCACCCAUUGGGUGUAUUCCUAUUGUCAUCACAAAGCACUCCAAUGACAGUAAUGCGAAAAGUCGUGGUUGUGUUGACAACUUCUCUUCUGUCAACAAAGAUUUCAACUCUCAACUCCAAACCUAUCUUGAAGCCAUGCAGCAGAACUAUUCUCAUCAGGGUUCUAAGAUUGUUUAUCUUGAUUAUGACAUUACGUGGGACUUGAUCCAUCAGCCUGCUAAAUACGGGUUUGAGGUUGUUAACAAUGGAUGUUGCGGGACGGGUGCGGUUGAGCUAUCGUUUCUCUGCAAUGUGGCGAGUUCGAUUUGUCCGAACACAUCAAAUUACGUGUUUUGGGACUCUGUUCAUUCAACAGAGGCGGCAUACCGUGCUAUAUUUGAAUCCCUUCGACCUAUUUUUGAUAGCUUUUUUUUCAUUGAAGUUAUUGUAAUUUUUACUCCAACUAGUAUCACACCCGUGCGUUGCACGGGUCAUAGUUACGUUACUAAAUUAAGAUCUUGUUU